UAAUUUUUUAAAGUCACAUUUAAGUCAAGAUUGCCUUUAAAAAUCUGACAAUCGAGUUCAAAUCGGUUGGCGAGCGUGCGAUUUGGCAACGCCGCACGACUCCAUCCAUUUAUUUUCUUGCGGCAAAUCCAUCGGAGCGUCCGAGUGAAGCUCCGUCACCAUGGCUCCCAAAAGGAAUAACAUGAUUCCGAACGGCCACUUCCACAAGGAUUGGCAGCGGUUCGUCAAGACGUGGUUCAACCAGCCCGCCCGCAAAUACCGCAGACACCAGAAGCGCGUGAAAAAGGCGCGUUUGAUCGCCCCCAGACCGGCCGCUGGACCCCUUAGACCUAUUGUUAGGUGUCCCUCCCAGAGGUACCACACAAAGGUGCGCGCCGGCAGAGGCUUCACCCUCGACGAAAUCAAGGCUGCAGGUUUGAACAAGGGUUUUGCUAGAAGCAUUGGCGUGGCCGUGGACCACAGACGCCGAAACAAGUCGGUCGAAAGUCUGCAGACCAACGUGCAGAGGCUGAAGGAGUACCGCAGCAAACUGAUCCUGUUCCCAGUGCACGCCAACAAGAAGCCCAGAAAGGGAGACGCCACCGAGGAGGAGCGCAAGGUUGCUGUGCAGCUCAAGAGCAAGGAGGUGAUGCCCAUCAAACAGACCACCAUCAAAUACAAGGCCAGGGUCAUCACUGGCGCCGAGAAGAAGUUCUCUGCCUACCACGCACUGCGCAAGGCGCGUGCUGAUGCCAAGUUGAUUGGCAAGCGAGCAAAGAGAGCGAGAGAAGCUGCGGAAAACGCUGAAGACAUUACAAAGAAGAAGAAGUAACGGAAUGCGUCUGUAUGUGUACAGAAUAAGGAUCCAAUUAAAUUUUUUCUCCACACAUGA